AUGCAGUGGGUGCUGUUCCUGUUCUUGCUCUUGCUGUGCCUUCAGUCAGGCUCCAGCCAGACGAACCCCCAAGAUGUUGCCGCACUUCAAGCACUGAUGAAGAAUUGGCGGAAUCAACCGCAAAGCUGGACAGGAUCCGAUCCGUGCAAACCCUGGGAUGGAAUUUCCUGUUCCAACGGGAGAGUGACAGAACUGAGAUUAUCAAGCAUGAAUGUUGCAGGUACAUUAAGCAAUGCCAUAGAACAACUCUCCGCUUUGACGUAUCUGGAUCUGUCUAACAAUCCAAGUCUUGGAGGUCCACUUACCCCAAAUAUUGGAAAUCUGAAGCAGCUCACCAUUCUGAAUUUGCUUGGAUGCAGCUUCACAGGUAACAUCCCACAAGAGAUAGGCAACUUAAGACAGCUCACAUUCCUGUCCCUAAGCUUAAAUCAAUUCACUGGAAGAAUACCCCCGGAACUCGGCCUUCUCACAAAUCUCUUUUGGUUGGACUUGUCAGCAAAUCAAUUGUCAGGACAAAUCCCAGUUUCGAGAGGUUCAGACCCGGGGCUGGAUAAACUUGUCAACACAAAGCAUUUUCAUUUUAGCGAGAACCAGUUGACAGGCCCAAUGGACAGAAGACUUUUCCAUGCCAAUAUGACACUCAUACAUGUGCUAUUUGGCAACAAUAGCCUUACUGGACCAAUCCCCCCAUCUCUUGGGCUUGUCAAAACACUUCAAAUUAUCCGACUAGACCAUAAUGACUUCAAUGGUGUGAUACCUGAUAGUAUCGGUAACUUGACUAGCCUGAUGGAACUGAGCUUAGCAAGUAACCAACUGAACGGGGCAGUGCCAGACCUCACUAAUGCAACUAAUCUCACUUAUGUGGACCUGAGCAACAAUAAUUUUGCAAGCUCAGGAGCACCAAGAUGGUUUUCGACGUCGAUGGCCCUGAACACCUUGUUUAUGGAUAAUACUGAUCUUACUGGGACAAUACCCAACGCUCUUUUCAGCCUCCCACAGAUGCAGAGAAUAUCACUAGCUGGGAAUGCCCUUGGAAUCUCACUGACUAUGACUGGUAUCAGCUCAAAACUACGGGUUGUUAAUUUGGCAAAUAAUCAAAUCAUCGAUAUUACAGUUGACCCAAGCUACACUGGCAGCCUAAUACUAACAGGGAAUCCUGCAUGCUCAGCCAAUAUCAGUUUCUGCACACUCAAGGAAAAGCGGCAAGUGCCAUACUCUACUAACCUGGGCCCCUGCGGUGCUAUUUCCUGCCCCACUGGUCAGUUACCAAAUCCAGAGACUUCACAAGACUGUGCUUGCACUACCCCCUUCGAGGGUACGAUGUUCUUCCAAGCGCCUGCCUUCUCUGACAUGACAAGCCCCGAGUUAUUCCAACAAUUGGAAUCGACGCUUGCACAGAACCUUACCCUAGCUCCAAGAUCAGUUGCACUUUCCGAUGUUGACUUCAGCCCAGGAGCUCCUCUAAUAUUCAGGUUGAAGUUUUUUCCGGUCAGUGAAACUGGCUUCAGUCGCUCAGAAGUUAUAAGAAUAAGUUCGGCUUUGGCCAACCAAAUUUAUAAAGCUCCAACUCAAUUUGGACCAUAUUACUUCCAAGCAAGCCCAUACUUCGCAAUCCCAAGCAGUAAAAGAUCCUCAAUGCACAAAGGUGCAAUAAUCGGAAUAGCAAUUGCCGGCUUUGUCCUCAUUGUCGGCCUUGUUCUGGUAGCAAUAUAUGCUCUACGGCAGAAGAAAAUAGCCAAGGAGGCAGUAGAGCGAACUGCUAAUCCGUUUGCAUCAUGGGGAGCAGGUGGUAAAGAUAAUGGAGAGGUACCACAACUGAAAGGAGCGAGAUAUUUUGUAUUUGAGGAACUGAAGAAAUGCACCAAUAAUUUCUCAGAAACUCAUGAGAUAGGAUCUGGAGGAUAUGGCAAGGUUUACAAAGGAAAGAUUGCGAAUGGGCAAAUAGCUGCAAUAAAACGCGCACAGCAAGGAUCCAUGCAAGGUGCAGCUGAGUUCAAGAAUGAGAUUGAACUCCUGUCCAGAGUGCAUCACAAGAACCUAGUGAGCUUAGUAGGUUUCUGCUAUGAACAAGGAGAGCAGAUGUUGGUUUAUGAGUAUAUUCCAAAUGGGACACUCAGGGACAAUUUGAUGGGUAAAGGAGGGAUACAGUUGGAUUGGAUGCAACGACUUAAGAUCGCAAUUGGGUCUGCUAAAGGCCUGGCAUACCUUCAUGAACUUGCUAAUCCACCAAUUAUUCACAGAGAUAUAAAAUCAACCAAUAUACUUUUGGACGAAAGUCUAACUGCAAAGGUAGCUGAUUUUGGUCUUUCGAAGCUAGUGUCUGACACGCAAAAGGGGCAUGUUUCUACCCAAGUGAAGGGAACAUUGGGUUAUUUGGAUCCUGAGUACUACAUGACUCAACAGCUCUCUGAGAAGAGUGAUGUCUAUAGCUUCGGAGUUGUCAUGCUAGAGCUAUUAACAUCCAGGCAGCCCAUAGAGAAGGGUAAGUAUAUUGUGCGUGAGAUAAGGACCGCAAUAGACCAGUAUGAUCAAGAGUACUAUGGCUUGAAGAGCCUAAUUGAUCCAGUAAUCAGGGAUUCGGCUAAAUUAGUUGGCUUCAGGAGAUUUGUGCAAUUGGCUAUGGAAUGUGUAGAAGAAUCUGCUGCUGACCGCCCGACAAUGAAUGAUGUGGUCAAGGAACUUGAGACCAUUUUACAGAAUGAAGGGGGGCCGUUGUUAAAUUCAGCAUCUUUGUCAACUGAACAUUUUGGAGAUGCAACAGGUAGAGGCCAAGAGGAACACUCUCCUAUGAAAGAUGACAGCAGCAGCAGCAGUGCUUUCGAUUACAACAGUGUAUAUUCGUACUCAGCUGUUGAACCAAAGUAGGAACUAUGUAUUGGUUAUUGCUUAUCUCUA